GGAUUAUUCAGAUUGACAUGCCUAGGCUAAGUCUUGAAUUUGUUUCUUUCCAAUCACCUUUAAUUCUAUCCUAGUAUUAGAAAAUAUUCGGUGAGAAAUGGUGGUACGAAAUUUCUACAACCAUUAUGCUACCGUCUAACCGAAUAGUGCGUAUAACCUAAAAUCUAAAUUUAGGGUAAAAAGUUUCAAUUUUGAACUUAGUCUCACUGCCAAAAGUUCCAUUGGCUUCCGGGACAGCUGGAAUUCUCAGCAAUAUCAUGAAGUCGGCAGCAUCAGCCUCGUCGUCAGCGGCCACAAGCUUUAAACUUGGAUCUUCCAGACUCUUAGCCUUGGCGGAGCAGCUGCGUGUAUACAAACCUCCCCUUUGUUCGCCGUUCGACGAGGCGGAAGAGAUGCGUGCAUACCAGGAGAGCACCAGGAAAUUGGUCUCCCACGUUGGGUUUCAGGAACCUAUGGCUCCGGUGAGCCUCAGACCGGAAAAAGCUGCUGUCUUGAUCUGUCUCUUCGAAGGAGACGACGGUGAUUUGCGUGUGAUCCUCACUAAGAGGUCUUCCUCACUGUCUUCUCACUCAGGAGAAGUUUCUUUACCAGGUGGUAAAGCAGAAGAGCAUGACAAGGAUGAUGGGAUCACUGCAACCAGAGAGGCAGAGGAAGAGAUUGGAUUAGACCCUUCCCUUGUUGACGUUGUUGUUUUCCUCGAACCAUUUAUGUCUCUGCAUCUGCUCAGAGUAACUCCUGUGGUAGGAAUAUUAUGGGACAAAGAUGCAUUCAAUCCAACGCCAAAUCCUACAGAAGUGGAAGCCGUGUUUGAUGCACCCUUUGAAAUGUUUCUCAAGGAUGAGAACCGGAGAUGCGAGGAGAUUGAGUGGUUGGGGGAAACACAUUUGAUCCACUUCUUUGAUUACAAAACAGGAGAUGAUGAUUAUGUUAUAUGGGGUUUAACUGCUAGAAUCUUGAUAAGAGCUGCAACAGUGAUUUAUCAACGACCACCUGCUUUCAUUGAAGAGAAACCUAACUUGAAGUACUCCAAAAUGUGAAUGCGGAACCAGGCUACUAGCUUAAAUGGAUUGCUGAGGGCCCUGAAUACUUGUAUACACCAUGCUUGGACAUCUUGUGGCCAAUUUACAUGAAUCUUGUGAAAAUGGAAGAUUGCUAGAGGUGUCUCUAUAUGGUCAUGUCCAGGUCAGUCUGUAUUACUGAUCAUUGUAUUGUUGGUUUUUGUCUGCUCUUUGUUUUUUUAAGUCAUUUCUGCAGUAUGUUCAAUUGUGAGCAGUGAGGUAUUUUCAUGUUAUCAGUAUAUCCUAGUAUUCUACAACAAAAAAUCAUAUUCAUUUGUAGAAAUGGUGGAUUGUUCAUUUCUAAUGUAAGAGCUUUUGCUACAUUUUUUACCCCU